UAAAUAAUAGGAAAAGCUAAAAAAGACCAUCAUUAGGAUAUCUGUUGUGCAGUAAAAAAAAUCAGUUUGCGUUAUUACAACACAUCGUAUUAUCGAAAGCAAUAUAUAAAUAUUUUAAAAUUACGAGUUUUUUUUGGAUUACAAAUAUAUUUUAUUGCAUUGUUGUUCAUUAUAUUAAAAGUGGAGAACGUUCUUAAUUGAUUAUUAUACAAAAAGGAUCUCUGAAAGUUGUGCUGAACACCAACUGAAACGCAAUGCCGUCUAUAGAAAACCCGGACGAAGCGGCUGCUCCGCAAGUUCCAAAGACAGAGUUGGAGGAGCUGCAAAUUAAAGCGAACAGUGUUGCAGAUGAUUCUCUGGAAAGCACCCGCCGUAUGCUAGCACUAUGUGAAGAGAGCGCUGAAGUUGGAAUGAGGAGCAUAGUUAUGCUGGAUGAACAAGGAGAACAACUGGAUAGAAUUGAAGAAGGCAUGGACCAAAUAAAUGCUGAUAUGAGAGAAGCGGAGAAAAAUCUUAGCGGAAUGGAAAAGUGUUGCGGGAUCUGCGUCCUACCGUGCAAUAAGAGUCAAUCAUUUAAGGAAGAUGAUGGUACUUGGAAAGGAAAUGAUGAUGGAAAAGUUGUGAAUAAUCAGCCUCAGAGAGUUAUGGAUGACCGGAAUGGCAUGAUGGCUCAAGCUGGAUAUAUAGGAAGGAUAACUAAUGAUGCACGUGAAGAUGAAAUGGAAGAAAAUAUGGGUCAAGUUAAUACAAUGAUUGGAAAUCUGCGAAAUAUGGCUCUGGAUAUGGGCUCUGAACUCGAAAACCAGAAUAGACAAAUUGAUAGAAUCAAUAGAAAAGCCGAAUCUAACGAGGCGAGAAUAGCAGUUGCAAAUCAAAGGGCGCAUCAAUUGUUGAAGUAAGAGGCGGGUUGCGUUUAUCUUCUUCAAAUUCUUAUUAUUGUUAUUGUGUAAAACAAGUGGUAAUAAUCAUGGAGUCAAAAUUCUUAAUAGAGCUUUUUUUUUCUUUCUUAAAAAUAUUUCGUCGAAAAGUUUAAAAACUUGUGUACAUUCUAUAAAUAUGUAUGCUUAGAACAGUUGAAGUGUGUAUAGAUAUGUAAAUAGAUAUGGGUAAUCUUAUUAAUAUAAUAAAUAUUCUCCAUGUGGAUCUCAUAGUGAAGGUAUUCUUUGACCGAUUAUGCUAAUAAUAAUACCUUUUUGCGUUCAAUAGUAAUAAUUUAUCGAUUUUGUCUUAAGGUUCCGAGUAAGUCUAUAAUCGACAUUUUCGUUCAUUCGAGUUUCUCCUUUUGCUGUUAGCAAGGAGUUGUCUUUUAUUGCCAUUACUAUUUGUUGCUUUAUUACCUUUCGAUUCUUACCGACACGCAAGUACAGUCCCGGAAGAACGUCAAAUUGUUGAAAAGACGGAAUAUUUGUUUAACGCUCGAGCCAAAUCUACUGACACAUACUACUUUCUAUUCGGCUAUUUUGAGGAAAUGCUUAUACUUGCGUUUUCAAAAGUUGUUUGUAUACAUGUUUCAAUUUGAGUAUCUGCAAAAAUAACACAUAACCGCAUUUCUGUGCACAGAGAGCGCGACUGCAUGUCGAUCCCACCGACCCGAUUUGGUGCGAGUUAUUGUAAGUUAACGCUAAUUUUAUGGGACCUUAUUUAUGCCACUUUUAUUAUUUUUUUUGAUGAUUUGCGAGAUGGACUUAUCUUAUCUAGCGUUAAGUUACACUUUUCAGUUUUUUUAAAAUUUGGAUACCGUAAGCGUUUAAAUAUUUACAGACGGACAUGUUUCAAUUGAUUUGGAAUGUUAUAUAGGUCAACCGCCUAAAUCUAUCGUGUUUUACUCUCCCCGCCUUUCGUUACUUUAUCUUCCUCUUUAGUUAAAUUCUCGAACUAGAGACAAAGAAUUAAUUUUUCUAAAAAACAGAAAUCUUCAGUUAAAGGAUUGAAAAACUCAUAAUAUUGUUGUUCUCUUGGAUUUCUAUUCGUAUCUAACUUGAUGGACAGAAUGCCCGAAUUUUAUGGUAAAACACUAUUAGAACUAUAUUGGAUUCACUUACGGUAACCGUGCGAUUAUUUGAUUUUCAUUGAGAAAUAAUUUUAAUUCAUAUUAUGAGUAUUUGGGCAUAGUCUGACGGCGCGAACACAAUUUAAAUUUUAAUAGUUGAAAGAGAACACAUCAUAGCUUAUACUUUUAUAUAUUUUGCAAUAAAAAUCUUAAUUCAUUCAAUCGGUUAUGAUAAUAAGCUUUAAAAUAAAUGGUGUUGUUAUUAGCAAGUCGCUCAAAGAAACCUGUUACGACGAAUAUAUAUAUAUAUAUCAGACGGACAUAUUUGAGUAAACUUAUUGUUAGAUAUUAAUGUUUAUUUUUUACAUAGUUUGGAUAUUAGCAAUUAUUAAUUAAAUGCUUAAGUUGCACUAUAGAAUGUAAUAAACAUUAUAAGAAGAUUAAGUAAACAGUAAAAGGAUGACGUGAAACGAGGAUGGCGAUAUUUGCAACUAAAUAAUCUAACGUAAAAUAACCACUUUUAUAAAUAGCCGGCAGCAAUAUUUCAUACUUAAUAUGAACAUACAAAAUUUUAAACAAAUUUGAUUGCACAAAUUCUUGCAGUUAAGAAUUUUCUCAGUUCAAAGUCAUUAGCCUUUGCAGAAAGUUGCAAGUGCUCAUAUAACGUAAGAAGUGGAUAUUCUUUUCAAGGUGUACUAAUAACAAGUAAUAGAUAUUUAAUUUAAUUAAUUUUAAAAUAAAUUUUAAUCGGAAUUUUGCGAAAAACGAAACGUAACAUAAAAUUAAAAUGCAAAGUAGUAAUAACCGUUUAACGAACAAAAGGAACACAUUAGGAAUAUUGUUAAUUUCGAAAAAAUGCAUCUCAAAGAUUAUUGAUGACGACACAAGAGUAGAAUCUUCGAAAGUAAUCACAAUACUGAUCACGUGCUAAUUUUUUUUUUUUAGCCUCAUAAAUGUAAAGCCUCAUAAAUUUGAUGAAAAACACCUUUUUAUACUUUUAAUGUGGAAUGAUUUAAGAGAAUUAUGACGAUAUAAACUUUUUAACCCAUUUACAUUUUUUGCUCACUUUGAAAUGUAAAUGAGAAUAAAAAACUACGCAAUGUAUAUAUAAAAUUGUAUGAAUGAAAGGAUAAGUAAAGGUUCUCUUUUUACGACACUCGUUCAACUUUUACAAUUUUAUUAAAGCAAUACUUAUUCAUAUGAUUUUGUUAUGUUGUUACGAAAGAGACAAUCGUUACGCAUUGUCUGCAAGAAAAUUUUGUUAAAAGCCUAGAUGUAUGAACGCGAUCAAAGUCUUCAGCAUUACUACAAUUUUUGAGUGCACAAAUGACUCUUGAAAAAAUUGAUGAAAAUAUAGUUUUAGUUUAUACUAAAUCUUUGUCUUCAAAUUCAGUUAUAAAACAAAUUCGUAUUAAUCAUAAAAAUACUUUUAAAAAUGUUAAAAA